UUUAAACAUUUUUUUUUAUGAAAAUAAAAAUUCAAUUUAUGUGGACAAUUCUCCUCAAUCCUCACGAAGUUUCGCCAACAUCAACCAAUAAGAUGCCUAUAAAACUCCUACACAAAACCAACGGUCCAGAUUUAUUCAAGAAACACACGUGUACGUCAUCGAGAAACCCAACCACGAAAUUGGCUCAAUUCAGUUUCAUCCUAUCAUCACCUAGACGAGGAAAAGAUCGAGUGCUCCACACACAUUCAAUAGGGUUCUGACUUCACCGCCGUCGUAAAUAUCUUCCGGUUAGGGUUCCGACCAUAACUGAGGGUGCAGAUCGUGAAACCUUCCCGUAGCUUUCAGCUAUCGAAUUUUUUCGCCAUUUUCCAAGGAGCUGUUUGUUAGGAACCUCUUUGGAAAAAGAAAGUUAUCACUUGAAGUCAACAAAUCUAUAGUGGAUUUUUUGAGGAAUAUUUUUCACCUGCAAGAGUUGAAGCAAAUGUCUUUACAAAAUAAGGGAUUUUGGACGGUAAAAGGAUCUGGACAUGUUAGUGACAGAGAGCCAGUAUUUGAUAAUCCUUCCAAAACUGAACCAAAACGGCCUCAUCAAUGGUUAAUUGAUGCAACUGAAGGGGAAUUUUUGCCAAAUAAGAAGCAAGCAAUAGAAGAUGCAAAUGAAAGAUCUAGUUCAGGAUUUUCAAAUGUUAAUUUUACUCCGUGGGAGAACAAUCACAAUUUCAGUUCAGUCCCAAACCAAUUUAUUGAUCGGUUAUUUGGAUCUGAAACUAGGCCUGUCAAUUUCUCUGAAAAGAAUACUUAUGUUUCUGCUGAUGAUUCUAAUAUGAGAUCAAAGAUGAUCUCCAAUCAUUAUGGAGAUGAUGCAUCUUUUGGCUUGUCUAUAUCUCAUUCUGCUGAAGAUUCUGAACCAUGUAUGACUUUUGGGGGAAUCAAGAAAGUCAAAGUAAAUCAAGUUAAGGAUUUCGACAUUGUACAAGCUCCAGAGGGACAUGAUUUUGAUAGGCAGAGUAAGGGUGAUCUACACGAAGCCUAUAAUGGGGAAAUUGAGACGAGAUCUGGGUCAACAGGGCAAGCCUUUGACAAGGAUGGCAAUGUUGCUUUACUGGGACUCACCUAUGGCAGAGGGGAUGCCCAUAUAAGAUCGUUUGUUACCCCCUUUGGCAACUUAGAUAACACAGUCCUAUCAAUUGGCGAAUCCUUUAAUAAAGAGGACAAAAAUAUAAUUUCUUUUGGUGGAUUCCCAGAUGAACGGGGCACUAUCUCUAUGGGCAGGGCUACUACAGACUAUGAACAGUUAUAUAAUCAAUCAUCAGUUCAUGUGUCAACAACAGUUCAUGAAAAAGAGUUAGAUGCAUCAAAUUCCGGUGUAGCUGAAAGUACUCCUUCGGUGGCAACAAUAAAGCCUGAAUCUGUGACCAAGAAUAAACAAGAUAUCAAAAGGAAAGAAUCUCCAAACACCUUCCCAACUAAUGUCAGGAGCUUGAUAUCUACUGGUAUGCUUGAUGGUGUUCCUGUGAAGUAUGUCUCAGUGGCGCGGGAGGAACUCCGUGGGAUUAUAAAAGGCUCUACCUAUCUUUGUGGGUGUCAGUCAUGUAACUAUUCUAAGGGUCUGAAUGCUUAUGAGUUUGAAAGGCAUGCCGGUUGCAAAACAAAACAUCCAAACAAUCAUAUUUAUUUUGAGAAUGGGAAGACCAUUUAUCAAAUAGUACAGGAAUUGAGGAAUUCCCCGGAGAGUUCAUUGUUUGACACAAUUCAAACUAUUUUCGGUGCACCAAUUAAUCAGAAGGCAUUUCGUAUUUGGAAAGAAUCAUUUCAAGCAGCAACACGUGAGCUUCAGCGUAUUUAUGGAAAUGAAAGACGUAACCUCUAAGUCUCCACCACCUCUGUGCAAACUUAACAUAGGUUAGGUUCUAGUGUGAAUAGCAAGAUAGAUCAGUUUUCAGUAUUUUGUAUCUUUGUUUAGCUCCGGUGCCUUUGGUGCAUCGUGUACCUUAGUAGUUUUGCUUAAAAGAUUGGAAACUUUAUGUAACUUUUGUCCAAAUCAUUGGGAUUAGGUGCUUUACUGGCAGAAUCGUGGAGUAUAGUUUCGAGAAAGCUGAUGCUCUUGGGUGAUUGAAGGAGCAAAACUUAAUAAUUUCGGGGAACUGGACUCCUAUGAAGUGUCAUGUGACUUUCUUAUUUGUACUCAAAUACACAAGGAAAAUUCACGUGAAUAUUUUAUUAGUUCCUCAUGGGUUGAUGGAUUCUUGAGAGGAUCGUAGAUAGUUUCUGUUUGUUUGGGCGGUUGUUCUUGAGAGGAUCAUUAAUAGAUUCUGUUUGCUUGUGCGUUUGUUCA